AGAGUGUGGCACUGAGCAGAAGCAGUAGGGCUGGAGGAUGAAGGAGUCGAGACCGUAGUUGGCGCUUGCUGAGCGGCUGGGCCCGAGGGGCCUGUGCGCGGAGGAAAAUGCACCUGCUGCUGCUCUUGCCCCUCCUAUUCCGGCUCUCAGGCUCAGCAGCUGACAUCACGGGUCCAAAAGAAGCGAGUGGCCCUGAGCAGGGUUCGCUGACUGUUCAGUGUUGCUAUGUCCCAGUGUGGGAGACCUACGUGAAGUACUGGUGUCAAGGAGCUCAUUUCAGUAACUGCAGGAUCCUUGUUAGAACCAGUAGAUCAGAGCAGGAGGUGAAGAAGGACCGUGUGUCCAUCAGGGACAAUCAGACCAGCCGCACCUUAACAGUGACCAUGGAGAAGCUGAUGCGGGAGGAUGCAGGCACUUACUGGUGUGGGAUUGAGAAAAGUGGAUAUGACCCUGGGAUCCCAGUUAAAGUGGCCGUUUUCCCAGCCACUACAGUGUCGACCACCCCCACCACCACCACGUCCACAGUGCCAGUCACCACAGAAGCCCCUACAAGCUCCCCGACUGUGAGCGGCCUCCACCCUGAAGGCAGGGGCAUCUUCUCGGAGCUCAACAUCCUCCUGCCCCUGCUCUCCACUCUGCUGCUGCUCCUCCUGGCGGCGGCCUCGCUGCUGGUGUGGAGAAUCGUGAAGCGACGUAAGAAAGCUGCCGGGAUGCCCCCAGAGCAGGUGCUCCAGCCCCUGGAGAGCGAUGUCUGCUAUGCCAACCUGACCCUGCAGCAGCCUGGAAGCAGCCCCAGCUCCACCAGGAAGAGGGCCCCCGCAAAGCACUCUUCUGUCCGGGAAGGCCAGGAGGAAGUGGAAUAUACCACCAUGGCUUCCUUUCCGAAGGAGGACAUUUCCUAUGCAGCUCUGUCUUUGGACGGCUUGGAUCCGGACGCAACCUACGUCAACACAGGUGACAUUGUCACCCACCUCCCCAGCAGGGGCCAUGGGGAGCUCACAGAAUACAGCACCAUCAUGAAGCCCUAGCCUGUGCUAAGGACCCUUGUCCGACCGCACACAUCUGCCCCGUCCGCUCCCUGCUCCCAGCCCUCUCGCUGCCCCCAGCUCUGAACUGGGCUCCAAACCUGGUCUCAGGGGGCUCCUGGGAGAUAGAAAGGGAUCUCUCUGCAUCCCUUUUUCUCCUGCAUGGCUUGGGAAGAGGCUAGGGGUCUGUUCUGGGGCUGCUGAAGGAGCAAUACUGAUGAUGAGCACAAUAACGGCGAUGAACUUUAUUUAUUGCCACGGUGUGUGGUGGGCUGCACCAGGCCCCUAGCGCUGUGGGUGUGCUCAUCUCCAGGACCCAGGAGCAGUAGCUCAUAUGGCCAAAGGGGCUGUGCAGAUGUAAUUAAAACAAGGAUUUCGAGAUGGGGAGAUUAUUCUGGAUUAUCUUGGGGGGCCCUUGAUAUAAUCACAAGGGCUCUUGUAAGAGGGAGGCCAGAAGGCAGAGUGGCCACGGAAGCAGAGGUUGGAGCGACGCAGCCCGGAGACAAGGAACGCACAGCCUCUAGAAGCUGGAAAAGUCGAGGGAUGGGCCUUUCCGCAGGAACUGUGAGCCCAGUGAAGCGGCAGGCAUACCUCCGGUCUCCAGAGUCGUAGGUGAAUAAAUUCAUGCUGUUCAUUGA